AUGUCCACCGCAACCAACCCUCCAAUCCUCAUCAUCGGCGCCGGCCUCACUGGCCUCAUCCUCUCCCACGCCCUCCGCCACAUCUCCAUCCCCCACCUCAUCUACGACGCCGAGUCGCCCACCACGCACCGCACUCGGCUCCGCGAGUGGAACAUGGCCGUCCACUGGAGCAUACCUUUGCUGCAGGAACUCUUGCCCAAGGAGCUGUUUGACCGAUUCGUGGCGGAAUCGGCGGUGGAUCCGAGUCUGGAUCCUACGAAGGCUCCGUUUAAUGGGGCGAGGAUUUUUGAUGGGUAUGAGGGUGGGUGUUUGAAGGAGUUGGAGGAGGAGGGGGGAGUGGUUAGGGUUAGUAGGAGGAAGAUGAGGGGAUGGUUGUUGGAGGGGGUUGAUGUGAAGUUCGACCACAAACUGGAGUCGAUCACUUACAACGACGACGACACCGUCACAGCCCACUUCACCAACAAUACAUCCUCCACCGGGCGCCUCCUCGUUGGCGCCGAUGGGCCCCGCUCCAUCAUCCGCUCCCUCCUCUUCGACAACUCCCCCUCAGCCCUCACCGCGCCCAUGUCCAACAGCAUCUCCAUCUCCAGCGUCUUCUCCUACCCCACCCCCGAACUCAACAAGCAAAUCCGCGACUCCACCCAUCCAACCUUCAGCAUGAUGGUGCACCCGGAGAUCUUCCUCUUCAUCUCUAUGCAAGACGUUCCCGAUCCCAAUGAUCCUGCGACUUGGGUCUUCUACUUCUUCGCCUGCUGGCGCGGAGAACCGCCCUCCAGCACCCCCACGUCCGAGGAAUUGAGGGACUUGAUCGUAGCGAAGAGUAAGGACCUGCACGAACCCUACCGCUCCGUGAUCGCCCAUCUACCGCCAGACGCCGUCUUCACGCCCCUUACGCUCGCGACUUGGACGGCUGAACCCUGGCCCACGCACGGUGGACGGAUCACCUUGGCGGGUGACGCGGCGCAUCCGAUGUUGCCGUUCCGCGGGCAAGGACUGAAUAAUGCGAUUCAGGACGUGGCGAAUUUGGUGGCGGGGUUGGAGAUGGUGGAGCAAGGGGAGUUGGGGUUGGGGGAUAUGGUGGAGGGGUAUAGUGGGGAGGUGGCGAGACGGGGCGCGGAGGCGACGAGCAUGAGUGUGAAGAGUGCGGAGAUGACGAUGGAGUAUUGGAGUUUUAAGGAGAGUCCGAUGAUGAAGAUGGGGAUGAGGAAGCUUUGA